AUGUCUCCCGCAGCGUUGGACUCCGCGGAGGCACGAUGGCAAAUCCAGCUGGCAGAGAUGAGAGCUGCUUUGGCAGACCUCAAACUGCCUCCUACCAAUGCUGCCUCGCUUUCUUACGGCUCCGAUAUUGAAUACGACGAAGACGAAGAUUUCACAUCUGGAAAUAGUGGCGAUGACGUUUGGGAUUUUAUUAGUGAUGCCGAGGAUGAUUUCGACAGCAGCGACUUCAACGAAGACCAAAUACCAGAUGCAACAGCCGCUGGAUAUGGCCCGCAGUGGCUGAAAAGCAAAUGCUUGAUGUUUGCGUCUAGAAAAGAGGGCCUUUCCGGAGAAGACCUCCAGGAGCAAAUUAUGGCCCUUUUGGCGUCGGACAGCGUGGAAGAGGAACUCCAGUCAACCCUCACGGAUGUUAUUGGCUUUGAUGAUUUUGAUUUCAUUAUUGAGCUCAUUUUACAUCGAAAGGAGAUCACCGCCCCUUCACCAUUUUCAUCAAAGCAAACUGAUGGGCUCUUUGGAAAGCUUCAGACGAAGCGAGAACGCGAGGAAGCUUUGAGGCAGAGGGAUUAUGAGCAUAAGCAUGCUACUUUGGGUCCAAGUCUGAAUCGAGAUGGACCUCAAUAUCCACAUGUUUACAAGACUCACUCCGCUGGCAAUAUUCUUGAUUCUCGUGGGCAGAAGUAUGCCGUGCCUAUUGGCACCGAAAGAACGGAGCACGAGAGAUAUGAAGAGUACGCGAUUCCAGCCGGGAAGGUUGGGACUAUCGGAGUGGGGCGUAAACUCGUCCAAAUCUCGGAGAUGGAUGGUCUUUGUCGAAGGACAUUCAGAGGGUAUCAGACUCUGAACCGCAUGCAAAGUCUAGUCUACCCCGUAGCAUAUCGGACCAGUGAAAAUAUGCUCAUUUGUGCUCCAACUGGUGCUGGUAAAACCGAUGCAGCAAUGCUCACGGUUCUUCAUGCAAUCGGCCAAAAUAUUACUCCAAAUCCCGCAGAAGAACCCGAAGCUUCUGACUUCGUGGUAAACACUGAAGACUUCAAGAUCGUCUACAUUGCGCCCAUGAAGGCUCUUGCAGCUGAAAUCACGCAGAAGCUUGGCAGUCGCCUUGCUUGGCUUGGCAUUCAGGUACGAGAACUGACUGGGGACAUGCAUCUCACCAAAAAGGAGAUCGUCCAGACCCAGAUCAUUGUUACUACCCCUGAAAAAUGGGAUGUCGUUACCCGAAAAGGAACUGGAGAUACGGAGCUUGUGCAGAAAGUUCGAUUGUUGAUCAUUGAUGAAGUACAUAUGCUUCAUGACGAUCGUGGUGCUGUCCUCGAGUCAUUGGUUGCGCGAACAGAAAGACAAGUCGAAUCGACCCAGUCGUUGAUUCGAAUUGUUGGGCUUUCUGCCACGCUGCCGAAUUAUAUAGAUGUUGCAGAUUUCCUCAAGGUCAACAGAUAUGCCGGUCUAUUCUACUUCGACGCAAGUUUCAGACCAGUACCUCUGGAGCAACAUUUUAUUGGAGUCAAGGGCAAAGCUGGCACCAGAACUUCCAGGGAUAACAUCGAUACCACUGCAUUUGAAAAGGUCAGAGAGAUGCUCGAGCAAGGCCAUCAAAUUAUGGUGUUUGUGCACUCGAGAAAAGAUACCCACAAUACAGCCAAGAUGCUUUACGAAAAAGCCGUUGACGAUGUCUGCGUAGACCUUUUUGAUCCAACGAACCACCCGCAGUACGAAAACGCGGCGAGAGAAAUGUCAAAAUCGCGCGGUAAAGAACUUCGUGAUCUUCUUCCGAAAGGAAUGGGAAUUCAUCACGCUGGUAUGGCUCGUUCAGAUAGGAAUCUGAUAGAGAAGCUGUUUGGAAAUGGAGUACUAAAAGUCCUCUGCUGUACAGCAACCCUAGCUUGGGGUGUCAAUUUACCCGCUGCAGCAGUCAUAAUCAAAGGUACUCAAGUUUACAGUGCACAGGAGGGUAAAUUUAUCGAUCUCGGAAUUCUGGACGUUCUUCAGAUCUUCGGCCGUGCUGGUAGACCUCAGUUCGAAGAUACUGGUAUUGGUAUGAUCUGUACUACACAAGACAAACUCGCGCAUUACCUUCAAGCCGUCACCGCUCAGGUGCCAAUCGAGUCUCGAUUUUCAAAGCACCUUGUUGACAAUCUAAAUGCGGAAAUCGCAUUGGGAACAGUGACUUCUGUUCCAGAAGCAGUGCAGUGGCUUGGAUACUCUUACCUUUUUGUUCGGAUGCAACGGAAUCCUCUAACAUACGGUAUCGACUGGGCAGAACAGCGAGAUGACCCAACCCUUGUCCAGCGCCGACGACAGCUUGUCAUUCAGGCAGCCAGAACCCUCCAGCAAAGCCAAAUGAUCAUCUUCAACGAGACUACUGAAGAACUUCGAAGUAAAGAUGUUGGUCGUAUCGCAAGUCAAUUCUACGUCUUACACACGAGUGUUCAAAUCUUCAACACCAUGAUGAAACCUCAAGCUACUGAAGCAGAUGUUCUCAAAAUGAUUGCAAUGAGUGGAGAAUUUGACAACAUCCAAUCAAGAGAUAACGAAUCGAAGGAACUCACGAAAUUGAGAGAGGAAGCGUCACCCUGUGACGUCUCGGAAGGCAACGAUACGCCACAAGCCAAGACGAAUAUCCUCCUUCAAUCCUACAUUUCCCGGGCUAACCUGGAGGAUUUUGCGCUAGCAAACGACUCAAAUUAUAUUGCUCAACAAUCUGCCAGAAUAUGCAGAGCACUAUUCAUGAUUGCCUUGAAUCGGCGAUGGGGACAUCAGUGCCUCGUCUUACUUUCUCUUUGCAAAUCGAUCGAGAAGAGACUUUGGCCUUUCCAGCACCCCCUGCACCAAUUUGAACUCCCAAAGUCGGUUCUGAAUCAAUUGGACUCGAAGGAUGCAGUCUCAAUUGAGACAUUGAGAGAUAUGGAUGCAGCUGAAAUCGGCUCGAUGAUCCAUAACCAUGGAGCGGGGAAGGUUGUAUCUAAAAUUCUUGACAACUUCCCAACUAUCAGUGUCGAAUCCGAGAUUGCCCCUCUUAAUAGAGACGUGCUUCGAAUUCGUCUAUAUCUGACACCAGACUUUCGGUGGAACGAUCGUCACCAUGGAACAUCCGAGAGUUACUGGAUCUGGGUUGAGAAUUCGGAAACAUUAGAGAUUUACCACCACGAAUUCUUCAUCCUCAAUCGGAGAAAGCUUUAUGAUGACCACGAACUCAACUUUACGAUUCCGCUCUCCGAUCCGCUACCUACUCAGAUCUACGUGAGAGCAGUCUCUGAUCGUUGGCUUGGGGCGGAGACUGUUCACGCUAUUUCCUUCCAGCACCUGAUCAGACCAGAUACAGAGAGUGUCUACACAGAUCUCCUCAACCUCCAACCGCUACCUGUCAGUGCCCUAAAGAAUCCUGCACUGGAGGAUAUCUAUAGCCAGAGAUUCCAAUUCUUUAAUCCCAUGCAGACGCAACUCUUUCAUUGCUUGUAUCAUACACCUGCCAACGUUCUCUUGGGCUCACCAACCGGAUCCGGCAAGACAAUUGCCUGUGAAUUGGCAAUGUGGUGGGCUUUCAGAGAGAAGCCGGGGUCCAAAGUCGUUUACAUUGCUCCCAUGAAAGCUCUUGUCCGCGAGCGGGUAAAAGACUGGAGUGCACGUCUUACUCGGCAGAUGGGACUCAAGCUAGUUGAGCUUACGGGUGAUAACACUCCUGACACUCGUACCAUUAGAGAUGCAGACAUUAUCGUCACCACCCCCGAGAAAUGGGAUGGUAUCAGUAGAUCAUGGCAAACGAGAGGCUAUGUUCGACAAGUCAGUCUUGUCAUCAUUGAUGAGAUCCACUUGCUAGGAGGAGAUCGGGGGCCAAUUCUCGAGAUCAUCGUGUCUCGUAUGAACUACAUUGCAGCUCAGUCUAAGAACUCUGUCCGGCUAAUGGGCAUGUCAACAGCGUGUGCCAACGCCAUGGACUUGGGUAAUUGGCUUGGAGUCAAGGAGGGCCUUUUCAAUUUCCGUCACAGCGUCCGUCCUGUUCCACUGGAGAUAUUUAUUGAUGGCUUCCCCGAAGUUCGUGGCUUCUGCCCUUUGAUGCAGUCCAUGAACCGACCUACAUUCUUGGCAAUCAAGACGCACAGUCCUGACAAGCCUGUCAUUGUCUUUGUAGCAUCCCGAAGACAAACACGCUUGACGGCUAAGGAUCUCAUCAACUUCUGUGGCAUGGAAGACAAUCCUCGGCGGUUUGUCAAGAUGUCUGAAGAAGACUUACAGCUCAACCUUUCCCGUGUCAAAGAUGAUGCCUUGAAGGAGGCGCUGAGUUUUGGAAUUGGUCUUCAUCAUGCUGGUCUUAUUGAGUCUGAUAGGUCUCUCGCGGAAGAAUUGUUUGCAAACAACAAGAUUCAGAUUCUCGUCGCUACAAGUACUCUUGCUUGGGGUGUCAAUCUUCCAGCUCAUCUGGUGGUAGUCAAGGGAACGCAAUUUUUUGAUGCUAAAAUCGAAGGAUACAAAGAUAUGGACCUCACCGAUGUUCUUCAAAUGUUGGGUCGUGCUGGUCGUCCUCAGUUUGAUACCUCUGGUAUUGCUCGUAUUUUUACCCAAGACUCCAAGAAGGCUUUCUACAAGCAUUUCUUGCAUACUGGUUUCCCCGUUGAAUCAUCUCUCCACAAUGUCUUGGACAACCAUCUUGGCGCUGAAGUUUCCGCUGAGACUAUUACCACCAAGCAGGAUGCUCUUGACUAUCUAACGUGGACAUUUUUCUUCCGGCGCCUUCACAAGAAUCCCUCAUACUAUGGGCUUGAGAUCUCUGCAGAAGAGCACAAUACCAUUGCUGCGCAACAAAUGGCAAACGAAUACAUGGUUUCCAUAGUCAACAAAUCUCUCGAGGAACUAGCCGAAUCGAAAUGUCUCGAACUCUAUCCCAAUGGCAACGUCGAUUCAACCCCUCUUGGCAAGAUAAUGAGUUACUACUACCUCUCUCAUAAAACUAUUCGCCAUCUCGUCACACAUGCCACACGCAAUGCAACAUUCGCCGACGUCCUCGCCUGGAUGUCCAGCGCCACAGAAUACGACGAGCUUCCCGUCCGCCACAACGAAGAGCUCAUCAACGCCGAACUCUCCAAGAACCUUCCACUUCCCGCAUCAUCGUUCGAUGGUCUCCCCAUGUGGGAUCCGCACGUGAAAGCCUUUCUGUUGUUGCAGGCACACAUGUCACGUAUCGACCUUCCAAUCACAGAUUAUGUCGGUGACCAAACCAGUGUUCUCGACCAGGCAAUCCGUAUCAUCCAAGCUAGCAUCGACGUCCUGACCGAGCUAGGCUAUCUUUCAAGUUGCAUGCAGAUGAUCACCUUACUGCAAUGCAUCAAAUGCGGACGCUGGCCUACUGAUUACCCAUUAUCCAUUCUCCCUGGAGUACCAUCCGAGAAACCAGAUGAUAAGGACCUCCCUCCGCGCUUGCAGGAUUUCUCCGCAGAAUCGGAACCCGCGUAUAAACGCACGAUUUCAUAUCUGGGGAUUGGAGCUGGACAACUCCCCCGAUUUGAAAAGGCUGCGGUUAUGAUACCGCAUCUUAAAAUACACGUCCAGGAUCUUUCUGCUGCAUCUUUAACUGUUGCUUUGAACCGCCAGAAUCCUCUCACAGACCGAGAUGGGAAGAUGUACGCGCCUCGCUUCCCAAAGUCUCAGACCGAAGGCUGGUUCGUGCUUCUAUGUAAAGAGGAUAGAGACGACAUUGUUGCUAUUAAGAGAGUCGGAUGGAGUAGUAGUGGAAGUGGAAGGGGACCGGCGAGGUUGAGUGCUAAGGCUGUGAUUAAGCUGCCAGCUGAUGGUGAAAGUGGAAGCGCAGGGAGGAAAUUGGACGUCUGGGUCGUGAGUGAUGGGUAUUUGGGGAUGGUUUACAAGAUUGAAGGGGUAGAGAUUCCAGAAUUGAGGGUCAUGAGUGUUAUGGAUGAUGGGAAGAAGGGGAAGGGGCCAACUUAG